UGCUCAGAAACGGAAGUUGGUCUGAAUGUCAAUCGAAUCGGCCAUUCAUGUACAAACAUGGCGGACACCAGCUCGUUGCUUACUGUCGGUGGCGACCGUACAACCGGUCAAACCGUGCGAACACAGAACGUUAUGGCUGCAGCAACAAUUGCCAACAUAGUAAAAAGCAGUUUAGGUCCUGAGGGCUUGGACAAGAUGCUGGUGGAUGAUGUUGGGGAUGUUACAAUCACCAAUGAUGGGGCAACCAUUUUGAAGUUGCUUGAAGUGGAACACCCUGCAGCCAAGGUUCUGGUAGAGCUGGCAGAAUUACAAGACCAGGAAGUGGGAGAUGGCACAACAUCAGUGGUCAUCAUUGCUGCAGAGUUGUUGAAAAAUGCAGAUGAACUUGUCAAGCAGAAAAUCCAUCCAACGUCAAUCAUCAGUGGCUACAGACUGGCAUGCAAGGAGGCGUGUCGCUACAUCCAGGAGCACCUGGUGUGUAACGUGGAUGAUCUUGGCAAGGAGUGCAUCAUCAACGCUGCCAAGACCAGCAUGUCCAGUAAGAUCAUUGGACCACAGUCUGACUUUUUCUCCAACAUGGUGGUUGAGGCAGCCAUGGCAAUACGGACGUCAGACGGCAAGGGAGGUCACCGGUACCCCAUCAAGGCAGUCAACAUCCUGAAGGCUCAUGGGAAAAGUUCUGCUGAGAGUGUCCUGGUUCAUGGAUACGCCUUGAACUGUACCGUGGCUUCACAAGCUCUUCCAAAGAAGAUUCUUGGAGCAAAGAUUGCGUGUCUGGACUUCAGCCUGCAGAAGACCAAGAUGAAAAUGGGUGUACAGAUUCUCAUUGAGGACCCGGAUCAGCUCGACAAAGUCAGACAGAGGGAGUCUGAUAUAACAAAAGAGAGAAUUGAGAAGAUAAUGGCGGCUGGUGCCAACGUUGUCCUGACGACCGGUGGUAUCGAUGACCUCUGCCUCAAGUACUUUGUUGAAGCGGGUGCCAUGGCAGUGCGAAGAUGCAAGAAGGUGGACCUGAAAAGAAUUGCAAAGGCGACCGGAGCCGUUUUUAUCACCACCCUGGCCAACUUGGAGGGAGAGGAGACAUUUGAGCCAUCCUUCCUGGGACAAGCAGAUGAGGUCGUACAGGAACGUAUAUGUGACGAUGAGCUCAUACUCAUUAAGGGCACAAAGGCACGUACAGCCGCCAGUAUUAUCCUAAGAGGAGCAAAUGACUUCUACUGUGAUGAGAUGGAGCGGUCCGUACACGACUCCUUGUGUGUUGUGAAACGCGUGCUGGAGUCCAAGACUGUGGUGCCUGGAGGGGGCGCUGUGGAGGCCGCACUGUCCAUAUACCUCGAGAAUUAUGCCACAUCACUGGGCUCUCGUGAGCAGCUCGCCAUUGCAGAGUUUGCCCGCUCCCUGCUGGUGAUUCCCAAACAGUUGGCCGUGAAUGCAGCCCAGGACUCUACCGACCUCGUGGCUAAACUACGGGCCUACCACAACAUGUCUCAGGUCAAACCAGACCAAAGGGAUCUACGAUGGGUUGGCCUAGACCUUACCAAGGGCGUUGUCAGGGACAACAAGAAGGCGGGCGUGCUUGAGCCAGCCAUCUCCAAGAUCAAAUCCCUUAAGUUCGCCACAGAGGCGGCCAUUACCAUCCUUAGGAUCGACGACAUGAUCAAACUGGCCCCUGAACAGAGGGGUGGGAACAGCUACGAGCAGGCAUAUAGAUCUGGACAGUUGUAGAUGUUUUAGGUCAGCACUGUUGGAGAUGAAAAGUGUUCUUUUAAAUAUUGAAAAACUAGGCCUAGUAUCAGGAACAUACUCAAGGUAAUAUUGUUGACUGAACUUUAAGGGUUUUUUCUCAAUUUUGGAGAGGAGUUUAAUCAUCAUUCUUGAUUUGGUGAUCACAAAAAGCUUGGAGUGUUCAUGAUACUGGGCCUUGGUAGGCAAGUAAGUGUUGAGUGUGAUACUUAUGUUCCGUAAUUCUGCAUCAUAUGCUUUGAUAAUUGUUUCAUGUGCAACUCUCGUUCUAUGGAUUUGUUCUGUUCUAUUCCUUUCCGCUUGGGCAGGAAUAGAUUUUAGAAAAAUAAAAAAAUUAUUAAAACUGGAAUAUAAAUAAGAUGUGAAGUGCUCCUUCUGUUAAUGAUUAAAAUGUACUUCUAUGUGCUUGAAUUUUUUGUGUUGGCAUAAUAAAAUGUUGUUGGCUAUGCGAUUAAACAGGUUAAAGUAUGUGCAAACUUCCUAAAGCCAGUAUAAAGAAUGGUGAUGUUGUUAAUCUUAUAUGCAUUCUGCAUAAGAAGUCAUAAGUAUGUUAACAGCUAUGGGUUGAAUUUAUUAAGAGAAAUAUUUUCAACAAUCAAACUUUGUUGUUUGAAAGUUAAUGUGUAUUUAAUAUUUACUUAACUAUUUUCACUGCUAACAAUAUAAAACAAGGUAUUCAACUUCUAAAAGGAUUUAGUUGAUCAUAUUAUGAGAAUGGUCACUUUUGUAAUAAUUUUGUCUUUGAACUCCUUCACAGUAAUAGAAUCAGGCCAUUCAUAAUACAGCUGGUUCACUGUUUUUGUUUUACAACAUAUUUGUGCUAGAUGACAGUUAUGAUCAAACGUUUUCAGAUGUUUUAUUUAUUAUUUCAAAAACUCGUCCACCAUUUUAUGUGAUGCUUCCGUUUUUUGUAUGAACUAAUAAAUUUAUAUGGAAAUCUC